GAGGGUCUGCUCUGGACGACACAUCGGAUCACGACAGAAAAACAGCUGAAGCUAAGCGGCCUGACAGCUGCAGCGUGUCCGAGAAUCAAGCGCUUUGGCCGGGGAACGAUCUGAGCUGUGCCCGGUGCUCGGAGCUCCUCCCGGUGGUGAUCGGUGGCGCCUGGAGCCGUUUCCUGGACCUCUGACAGCCGCAGACAGCCGCCCUGCAGCCCCGCGCAGAGGAGAAGCUUUAAUUCUUACUCUUAAAGACAUUCCCUCUCCCCCCCCCAUCCCUUCCUCCCUUCCUCCUUUCCUCCCUCCCCCGGGUCAGAUCCAACCCCAGCUCGGCUCGGCUCUGCAGCGCUGCUCGCUCGGCCCGGCUCGGCUCUACUCGGCUCGGCCCGGAGCCUCCUGCUAGCCCCGGCCCGGCCCGGCUCUAAUCGGUUCUGCUCGGCUCGGUUCGGAUCCUCUUGCUAGCCCCAGCCCGGCUCGGCUCGGAGCCUCCUGCUAGCCCCAGCUCAGCUCGGCUCUGUUCGGCUCUACUCGGCUCCACUCGGCUCGGAGCCUCCUGCUAGCCCCGGCUAGCCCCUCGACAGCUAGCUCCCCUUCUGCUAGUCAGGAAUUUAUUUUAAUUUAUUCCGUUUAAUCAGACUUUCUUCUAACUGUCCGACCUGCCGACACGGAGGGAGGAUGUCGGCGAAAGAGCAGAACAAACUCUCCACCGUGGAGCGACCUAUUAAAGAGUGUGUGCUCUUCCUGUGGGCUCUGAAGAUCAACCAUCCCAACACCCUCUUCCUCCUCAGAGGGAACCACGAGUGCCGACACCUCACAGAGUACUUCACCUUCAAACAGGAGUGUAAAAUAAAGUACUCUGAGCGUGUGUACGACGCCUGCAUGGAGGCGUUCGACUGCUUGCCUCUGGCUGCGCUCCUCAACCAGCAGUUCCUGUGUGUUCAUGGAGGUCUGAGCCCUGAGGUCACCUGUCUGGACGACAUACGGAGGCUGGACCGGUUUAAGGAGCCGCCAGCGUUCGGGCCGAUGUGUGACCUGCUGUGGUCGGAUCCGGGCGAAGACUACGGCUCAGAGAAAACCCAGGAACACUUCUGCCACAACAGCGUGAGAGGCUGCUCGUAUUUCUACAGUUACCCGGCAGUAUGCGACUUCCUGAUGAACAAUAACCUGUUGUCUGUAAUACGAGCACAUGAAGCCCAGGACGCAGGGUAUCGAAUGUACAGGAAAAGUCAGACGACAGGCUUCCCGUCUUUAAUCACCAUCUUCUCGGCUCCCAACUACCUGGACGUGUACAAUAACAAAGCUGCGGUGCUGAAAUAUGAGAAUAAUGUGAUGAACAUCCGGCAGUUUAACUGCUCUCCUCAUCCUUACUGGCUGCCCAACUUCAUGGACGUCUUCACCUGGUCGCUGCCCUUCGUAGGAGAGAAAGUGACGGAGAUGCUGGUGAACGUGUUGAACAUCUGCUCUGACGACGAGCUGAUGUCAGAAGGAGACGACACGUGUGAAGGAGGAACUCCGGCCGUCAGGAAGGAAGUGAUCAGGAAUAAGAUCCGGGCGAUUGGAAAGAUGGCUCGCGUCUUCUCUGUGCUCAGGGAGGAGAACGAGUGUGUGUUGCAGCUGAAGGGUCUGACUCCGACCGGUACUCUGCCGAUGGGAGUUCUGUCUGGAGGUCGGCCGUCUCUGGAAAGCGCCACCGUAGAGGCAGAAGAGGCACGAGCCAUUCAAGGUUUCAACCCGCAGCACAAGAUCCAGAGCUUCGAGGAGGCUCGAGGUCUGGACCGCAUCAACGAGCGGAUGCCCCCCCGCCGCGACAGCAAGCAGCCCGACGCCGCCGCUGCCCCCCCCUCCCUCAACAACCUGCCGUCCAGCACCGCCCCCCCCGACAAGAACGGCACCAACACACAGGCCUAAACCUCUCCGUCCUCCCUUCAUCUGCCCUCCUCCUAUCCUUCCUUCCCUCUUUCCUUCCCUCCUGUCCUUCCUUCCUCUCCUCCUUUAUCCUUCCGUCUUUCCAUCCCUCCUCCUAUCCUUCCUCUCCUUCCUCUCCUCCUUCUAUCCUUCCUCUCCUCCUAUCCUUCCUCUCCUCCUUCCCUCCCUCCUUCCUUCCAUCCCUCCUCUCCUCCUACCUCCUUCUUUCCAUCCUUCCCUCCUUCCUUCCCUCCUUCCUUCCUUCCUUCCUUCCUUCUCUCCUCCACCAAGAGCAGGAGAAGUUCAGUCCGAGCGACUCUCACCAUCCACGCUUAAUUUAUUUUAUCAUCUUAAUAAAAAGAUCUAAUAUCAUAGUUUAAGACUGAACAGGAUUAAAAGAUAAAAAUCUCAAAGCGUUUCAUCUUUUUUGGACUUUUGCUGCCGACCAAUCGAAUCGAAGCAAAAUCCAUUUUCUAUAUAUAUAAAUAAAUAUAUUGACGAGCUGAUAUUUUGGUGGACGCCAUCUUUGCUUUGGAGGGAAGAAGAGACGCUAAAGCUCGAUUUAGAAAAUAAAAUCCAUAAAUCCAUAAAUCCUUUCUUAUGCCAAUGAUAGUGUGACUGAGCUCUGAGGAGCAAAGUAUUGACAUUUAUAUUAUAUAUGUAUAUUUUAAUUGUUCCCUCUUUUCAAUGUGAUGUUUGAUUUUUUUUUUUUUGUUGUUGUUGUUUUUUCUUUUUUUCUUCUUUUUUUUACCGCACAUAGAUUUAGGCUUAAUUAUACGGAGCGGGUGAGGGAGGGGGGGGGCAGAGGAGGGGGGGCUGGUGGUGACGGUGAAAGAGUUUAAUUAAAGGGUCAAUCCGCUUUAUUACAACUCGAGUCUGGAGUGUGCAUUAUUAUUAUUAUGGUUAUUAAUAUUGACCAAAAAAUUUAAAAUACAUUUUAAAAAACGAUAAAAAAAACUCUUCCUCGCUUUUCCUGCUUGACGAUGACGAUGGUGAUGAUGAUGAUGAUGAUGAGCGAUCUGUACAAACUCUCUGCGCUUAAAGAAGAAGAAGAAGGCAGUGAGAUGUAGCUGAAAGCUCAUAAGUGGAACUUUUCUUUUUUUUAAUGUGUAGCUUUCUAUCGGUUUAACUUUGAGUUAAAUCUGCUCUGAGAUCUGUGACGUAAAAAAGAAAAAAAGGUUAAAAAUAUAAAAGUUUUCUCACUUUAAUAACAAUUUUUUGGGACUUUUGAGAGAAAAACUGAACAAAAUAAUUAAAAUCUGAGCAGCAGACGUGAAAAUAUUCAGAUAUUUUUGUCUCUAGUUUGAGUUAAACUCUAAAAAUACUGAAUACUACAUUUCCCAUAAUGCACCUGAUCAUGUUUUUCAUUAGAGCUUCAUUAUUAACACUCCUUUUUAUAAAAGUAGAUAUAUAUAAAAGAUAAUUGGGAGUAUUUAAAGUCUGAUAAUAGAUCAGCUGAUGUCACUUUCAUCACUUAUUUGGACUUUUGAGAGAAAACUGAACAAAUCAAACUUCAAAAUGACUCCUGUUUAUAAAAGAAGGUCGAUUGAAGUCGCUCACUUUCAUGAACUAGUUUUGACUUGUGAGGAAAAAACUGAGCCAAAAAAAAAAAGGGUCAAAUUUCAGGUCAAACUCCAAAAAUACUGAAGACUACAUUUCCCAUAAUGCACCUGGAUCCGGUCUUUUAUUAGAGCCUCAUUAUUAACACUCCUGUUUAUGAAAGAGAUUAAAAUAUGAAUCAAUUUACGUCGUUUUUUUUUUACAUAAUCUUGAUUCUGAUCCAUUAAUUUAAUAUUUUUUACAUAUACAGCAUCAUAUAUAAAUACAUUAUUGAUCGAAGUCAUACAAAUAUAAAAUAUAUACAAGAAAAACUGGAAAGAUUAGAAAACCAUGAUGUAGUUUUUAUUUAUAGUAAUCUUUAAAUUAAAGUUGAAACACAUUUAAAUGAAUGUGACGUCACAGAUCUCCAGUUAAUUUACUCUUAUUAUUAUUACUGAUAGAAACCAGAGCUGCAAAUUAUGAUUUAUAUUUUUCUCAAUUAACCGUUCGGCCUUUAAAAUAUAAAAAAAAACCCAUAAAAAAUGAAAAAAAAAUGAUGAGAACUUUAUAAUAACUUUAAGAGGCAGCGGUGACGGCUUCAGAUAUUUAAUAAAUAAAAACAGCUCGUUAUUAAUUAAUCGAAACGACGGCUGAAAGUAUAAAAAUGAGACCAGAGUUGUAACAAACUGGACUUCAGAGAUUUAUGUUAUUAUAGUUUCAGGUGUGAUGAUGAUGAUGAUGAUGAUGAUGAUGAUGAUGAUGAUGAUGAUGAUGGUGAUAUUUGGGACCUGGGUGGGUUUGAUCAUCAUUUUCUUUAUU